AUGUGGAUUUCCGAAGAUGAAGUUUGGAACAAGCUAAUUGAGACAAAACCCGAAGCUGCUGAAUGGAAAAACAAGCCAAUAUUAUUUUAUGAUAAAUUGGCCAAACUUUUUGGAAAAAAUCGAGCAACAGGAGAGCAUGAAGGUACAACUGCUGAAAUGAGAGCAAAAAAGGCUGCAAAUGUUGAAAAAAAGUCAUGGCACAAUCAUCGAAGAAAUAGACCACUUAGUUGA